UUUACAGUUGCGAUGUAAGAAAGGAAAAAAAAUAAAAAUUCAAGUGAACUUGACCAACGGCAACUAAGCAUUGCAGAAUGUAUUGAUAGAAAAAAUGUCUUUUCCAGAUAUUCACACUUGCAUACAGCCAGGUACCCCUUUUACACUUGGGUGGAGUGAGGAAAUUCAUGUAAAGUGCCUAUCCCAAGGACACAACGUCAGCCCUGCCGUGGCCAGGACUCGAACCCACGACCUUUCGGUCGAGUCUGACGGCCUAACCACUCGGCCACCAACGCCAUUUACCAUUUACCAUUAUUUUCAGUAAAGACACCAAAACUUCUGUAAUGUUAACAGCAGAAAAUGAAAAACUGAAAAAGAAAUGCUGGAAGUUGAAAGUUCAGAGGGACGACAUUCAGUUGGAGCUCUCUAACCUGAAGCAGAAACAACAGCGAGAGGAAUUGUUGAAGAACUAUGUCACAACAAGAGAGUCCUCCACACAGACAGAGGGAACCAGGUUAUGGCAGCCCGUCAUGGCGGUGAAGAAGAAGGAGGAACCCUCAUUUAAAGCUGACGUGGAUCAAACAAACAAGCUUUUGUCUCUCCAUAAUCAAAUGAUGAGACGGUAUGAAAAGGAAGUAAAGAUGAACAUGAUGCAUGUAGAGACCAUUACAGAUUUAAAUAUCAGAAUAUCAGAAUUAGAACAACAAUUAAAAGAAGAGAAAAAUACGAGAAUGUCGGUAGAACGCCAAGUAAUGAACCAGCAACCAAUGAAAAAGACAGUAGAACAGUAUUCAACAGAGAAGGGGAAAACAGUAGGCAUGAGAGACAAGUAUGAGAAAGUUGCAAAGGAAUGUGACAGAAUAAAAAAAGAAAAUGAAAAACUAAGGGCAGAGCUGAAAGGGUUAGAUUUUGGAUUCUUUGAAGAAAUUGAGGAUCUGAAGUUUGGACUGAGACAGGCGACAAAACUAAACAAGGAAUAUGAAAAGACUCUCAGAAAAGUGUGUAUUCAAUUCGGAGUGCCUUACCCACAUCCGGAGAGGUGUAUAAAAGGGCCGUCUGGAGAACUGUACCCAUAUCCCAAGAGGGGUGUGAAAGGGCCCAAUGGAGAAAUAAACAAUGAUUUCUGUGUAAAAGGACCUUCAUAGUAUUUAAUGGUACCAGAUAUGGCUUAACAUCAGAACUGUUUCUACACCUGAGAUAUAGGGUCCUCGGUAUUUAAUGGUACCAGAUAUGGUUUAACAUUUGAGCUGUUUCUAUGCCUUGAGAAAUAGGGUCAUCAUAGUAUUCAAUGGUACCAGAAGUAUUUUCAGGAACAUAAACUGAGAAUAACUUAAGUCAUCAAAUAGAUAUUAUAUAUGUACAAAUAUCCUCGACUUGUUAAAACCACACUCAAAUACUUUAUUGAUGUAUUAAAUCAUGUUUAAAAUCUAAUCUCAA